AUGGAUGGCAGAGAUGGCAGCAUGUCACUGCUUGUCAAGCGGGUCAAAUUCACCGUCAGCAAGGAGUUGAAGGUGCCUGGCGUGCUCACGGUGACCGAAACACAGAUGUGCUGGGCGCCUCACGAUCCCACGCAGAGCCAGCCAGUGUAUGUCGACAUCAAGACGAUCCCAGAUUCCUUGCAGCGAGCCAAGGGCAAGCCGCUGCUGCGAGUACCUGUGCCCAACCGCCCGCUUGUCUUUGAGUUCGAGUCAGAAGUGGACCGGGAUCAGGCCGUGGAUGUGAUCACUCCCAUCCUGAAGGAGGCACAGCGCAAGGGAAAGGCGCCCAUGACUGACCCGCAGCAGCCAGCCUCUGGCCUGCAAGGUCCCCAGGCUGCCCUCAAGCAGAAGCUGCUGCAGGAGGACAGGGACCUGCAGCAGCUGUACAAUCAGCUGGUUGUGGGCGGGAUCCUGAGCGAGGCAGAGUUCUGGAAGGGGCGCCAGAACCUGCUGAGGGAGAGCUUGCGAGGCAGCCGGGACGCGAGGCAGCAGGCCGGCUUCAAGACUGCCAUGAUCUCUGAGCAGGCCGGCGAGGGUGGCAGCCGCAAGGCAAGCACUCUUACUGCUGUGACACUGAGCCUCACCCCAGAGAUUGUCCGGCAGCUCUUUGCAGAGAAGCCGCACCUGCACCGGGCUCACACGGCAAUGGUCCCUGAGAGGCUGAGUGAGAAGGAGUUCUGGGAGCGCUACUUCAACUAUGAAGUGGCCAGGAAGGCAAAGCGCCAGGGCAGGGGAGCAGGAGACGAUCUUGAGGACCCCUACAAGGAGUUCAUGGACGAGGAGCUGGACUUCAGGGAAGCCCAGAAAAGGCUGCAGUUUGUCAAUGCCACCGUCAACCUUGCAGCUGACUCCUUUGACCGGGACUCGAUGCCAUCAGAGACAGAGGCGCCCGAGAACAGGAACAUGAUCCGGGACAUCAACAAGCACGCGGCGGUGGUCUUGGACGGCAUUCCCACGCCCGGCAUGGCCCCGGAUGCCGGCCGGCCCGCCGCGAGCAGCGGCGAUGCGGGCGAGGCUGCCAGCAGCCUGGUGCUGGACGACCUGCGCAAGCCCUGGACGGCCGGCUUCGCGGAGCUGCGCAUCCAGGACCCCAAGCGCUGCUACGACGCCACGCCGGGAGCCGCCGGCGCGACCGCCCCCGCCGCCGCGCCGGGCCGGCGAAGGACGAGCGCCGACGCGCUGAAGGCCGUGCAGACUCUGCGGGCAGCCGGGAUUAGUAAUGCACCGGUGAGCUCGCGCGCGGCGGAGGCUGCGCUGGCCGAUGUGGCAGCGCAGAGCGGCGCGGCCGGCCCAGGGUUGGACGACGCGCUGCGGGCGGCGUCGGGGCCGCCGCAGGAGAACCUGUCGCCGCAGAUGGAGGCGGUGCUGCGCGAGGCGUGCCUGACGGUGAAUGAGCUGCUGCGGCACUUCUGGGCGGCGUUCCCACUCAGCAGCGCCACCCGCGAGGCCAGGGCGCUGCGCCUCAAAAAGGCGCUGGCGGACCAAUAUGACCGCACGACUGCCAUGCAGGAGUCAUCCCAGGGAAUUGAGCGCAUGCACAUCACACAGCUCCUGAAGCCGCUGCGGCUGGCGCUGGACACUGCGCUGGCCAAGCAUGACAGAGAGAUUGAUCUGAAGAGGGCUCAGGACAGGAAAGUGAAAAUUGAUACCGCAAUGGGCAUGCAGACAUCGACGGCUUGA